AUGAAGGGCAUCAAGUUCAUACGCGAGCUUGAUCGAAUUCCCCUCGAAUUCUGCGACCUUCUGAAUGAGCUUCAGAUGCUGCGCGGCGUUGUUAACCAAGUCGAAGGCGUGCUCAAAGAUAUCGAGGAGCAAUCGCUACGGGCAAAUAUUGACAUAGCCGGAAUGGGUAUUGGUGCCAGUUGUCUGCACUCUCUAAAAGACGAUCUUGGCAGAAUCGUGGUCGCUCUGGGCAGUCUAUGCGAGCGGAUCAAGAAGCCUGUUGAACAGCUCGAGCCGUCGAACGGCCGCGAAAAGUCCAAGGUCUCAAGGUUCCGAUGGCACAAAGAAAAGGACGAGAUUGGGAGGCUGAGACGAGAAGCUCGGCGGAUUAGGGAGACAUUGGACCUACCAGACCAGACUGGCUGCCGAUAUCCGAAGCACAGCCUGGUCGUUCUCUCAGGAAUUUUCGGAAUUUAG